AUGGCAAACGAGGAACCCACCGUACUCAUCAUUGGCGCUGGUACCUUUGGUACCUCGACUGCGUACCAUCUCGCCAAGCAAUACAAGGAUCCGUCGCGUGUAACCAUCAUCGACCGCUGGGAUCACAGUUCGCCUCUUGAAGAAAAGCAAGCGGCAGCCAUUGACACGAAUCGCAUCAUUCGAACCGACUAUGAAUCUCACUUGUACUGCGACCUCGCCAACGAAGCCAUUCAUUUCUGGUUCUGGAGUAUAGCGGUCCAAGGCCAUUUCCACAAGACAGGAUGGAUCGUGCUAGAUGACAAAGAAGGCGGAUUCGGUGAUGCAGUAAAGAAGACGUUUAUUGAGCGCGGGGGAGACUACACGCGCAGUGUUCCCCCAGAACAACUGCAGGAAUACGCCGUAACCCGCGGCAUCCAAACCGAGCACCUAGGCCAAGGCUACUUCAACCCCGAGGCAGGCUGGUGUGACGCAGAGCGCGCAACCCAAAGUUUCAUCAAAGUAGCCCUAGAACUAGGCGUCCAACGAGUCACGGGACAAGUCCAACAGCUCCUUCUCAACACCAACAAAUCCAGUCUCACAGGCGUCAAACUACAUGACGGCCGCAUCCUCAGCGCUGACAAAAUCGUCCUAGCAGCCGGAGCCUGGACAAGCUCUCUCCUCUCCCCCCUCGAAGAAACCCUAAAUUUCAACCAACAAGACCGCAUAGAACGCCAAAUCACAGCCGUAGGCCGGCUGUCCGCCUACUACACCCUCAGCCCCCAGGAAACCCAACAACACAUCGAAUCCAACCUCCCCGUCGUCGUCAUCGGCGGUAAAGUAGACAUCAUCCCACCAUCUCAGCCAAACCGCACGCUGAAAAUCAAUGAUUUGAAAACUGAGGUUGUGAAUAGUGUUGUUACGCCUUCUGGCCACCGUAUCACUGUACCCGCGAAGAGGCAUCAAGCCGAUAUCCCCGCGAGGCUUAAGCGAGAGAGCAGUAGAAUCAUGCAGGAUGCGAUGCCUCAGUGGACGAGCGGGAGAACGCCGACGAGGUGGCGUGUGUGCUAUGAUGCUGUUACACCAACGGAAGAUUGGCUGUUGUGUAGGCAUCCGCAUUCAGCCCUCAGUAACCUCUUCCUCGCUGUGGGUGGGAGUUUUCACUCGUACAAGUUUCUGCCCGUGGCGGGCGCGUACAUGUGCAAUGUACUCCAAGGUAAGAGUAAUGGGAAGGAGAAGGAUGAGGCGUGGAAGUGGAAGAGCAAGGAGGAGUUGCAGAGGCGCCAGGGGAAGGAGUUUGGUGAUAGUCCGCGGAAGGGGGUGAGGAGGGAGUUGAGCGAAUUUGAGGAGGGGACUGGGUCUAAGCUGUAG